CAUUUCCUGUGUGAUUCGCAUUAUUCCAGAAUUAUGCAUUACUGUAUGUGUUACCAUGUUCCUUAUGACCACCGAGCUGAUAUCCACGAACCAUCUACUCUUCUGGCAACCGAGAAACGGAUGUAUGAGUUAUUUCUAACGGGGAAUUACGUAAAGAAAAAUAUGACAGAACUGAAGUUUUAUAGUAUGCGAUGCUACAACGACCAAACAAGAUACGAGAAGGCGGGGUCACUCAGGUCAAUAAGUGAUAAAGAGAAGACAUGAAAACAAACUUAAACACUUGGAUUAUCUUUCUCUCAACAGUCCUUGGUGCCGUGUUUCUUGCUGUGGUACCAGACACAACACGUCACGUGACUACAAAAGCAACCACUACUACUCACCGACCCACGCCAGAACCAUGGGAAUUUGUCAACAAUUUUUAUGUAUAUGACAGAGACUCCCAUUAUUUCUGCGUGUCUCACCAUUCCUCACAUCAACAUUUACACUACUGUAUCUGCUACCACAUACCAUACGAGGACAGGGGCAUCCUGGAGGACCCCCAAACUCUGCUAGAAACAGAGAAACUCAUUUUCGAGUUAUUUGACGCUGGAUACCACGUUCAAAUGAAUUUAACAGAACUUCAGUUCUACAGCAAACGUAGCUUUUACAUGUGUUCACACACUAAUGGAAACCCUGGAGUCAACACAACUUACUAUUUAGUGUACCCCAAACCCAGUCAAUACGGCUCUACUGCAUAGAUGGAUUGAAAGUUUUGCUAUUUCAUGUAUUCGAAUUAAAAUUA